CGUUUCCUCCGUUUCCUGUCGGAUCUUUCCUGAGCGUGACACAUCAAAAUGGCGGAGCGGGAAGAAGCUGUGAGGGGAUUUGUUGCUGUUACUGAUGUUGAUGAAGAGAGGGCCCGUUUCUUCCUCGAGUCAGCCGGCUGGGACCUGCAGCUUGCUUUAGCUAAUUUCUUUGAAGAUGGAGGAGAUUAUGAUAUUGCCACCCUCCCUCAGCCAGAGUCUGGCUCUGUCAGUCGAUCCACGGGGCCAAGUGAGCACAGAGUGACGUCCUUUAGAGAUCUGAUGGAUGAAGAUGAGAGUGGUGACGAGGAAGGCCAGAGGUUCUUUGCCGGGGGCUCAGAACGCAGUGGGCAGCAGAUUGUUGGUCCUCCCAAAAAGAAGAGCCCAAAUGAGCUGGUUGAGGACUUGUUUAAAGGCGCUAAGGAGCAUGGGGCGGUUCCUGUUGACAAAGCAGGCAAAGGACCUGGAGAAUCCAGCAAAUCCAGCAAGCCGUUUGUGGGUGGUGGUUAUCGAUUGGGCGCAGCACCAGAGGAGGAGUCGACUUAUGUGGCAGGAGAGUGGAGACAGUCCAGCGGUUCACAAAAUGUGCCUGUGGUGCUGAAGCUCUGGAAGACUGGCUUUAGUCUUGAUAAUGGAGAGCUGAGGAACUACAGUGAUCCCGGGAAUGCUCUCUUCCUGGAGUCGAUCCGUAGAGGGGAGAUUCCUCUGGAAUUGAGACAGCGCUUCCGGGGUGGACAGGUAAACCUAGACAUGGAGGACCAUCGGGAUGAAGACUUUAACAAACCCAAAUCUGUUUUCAAGGCCUUUGCUGGAGAAGGACAGAAACUUGGCAGCGCCACGCCAGAGUUGGUGCCGCUCCAGAGAAGCCCACAGGACCAGGACGCCAGUGAAGCUGAGGCCAGUGCUUCCAUCAGUGUGGACAGCUCUCAACCUGUCACUAGCAUCCAGAUCAGACUGGCCGACGGAGGCCGGCUGGUGCAGAAGUUCAACCACACCCAUAGGGUGUCUGAUGUGCGUCAGUUUGUGGCCAGCGCUCGCCCAGCUUUAGCUGCCACCGAGUUCAUUCUCAUGACGACCUUCCCUAACAAGGAGCUGACGGACGAGAGCCAGACGCUGAAGGAAGCCAACCUGCUGAACGCCGUCAUUGUGCAGCGGCUAAAGUGACAGAGUCACCCAAUGAUCUAGCUUUAUUAAAGCACUCUGGAGUUGGAGAUACGGGGACUGAAAGGACUUCUAAUUACUUAAUUUUGUUUUCUUUAGUGAUAUGUUAUUCCUCUGUGACAGUUUUGGGGUGGUGGGUGUUCCUGAUAAAGCAAAAAUGGAAAUGAAAGUGAAGCAGUCACACUGUGAUACAGUUAAAGGGACAGAGGGAGGAACCGAAGAGAAGAACUAACAAAUUUUACGGUUUUAGAAUAACUGCUGAACAUAUUCAGAUUGAAAUAAAGAGCUUUCUGAAGA